AUGUCGCUGCUGAAGCCGCCCAAUUCCAUGGCCCAUCCGCCCCAUCCGCAGCCACCGCCGCCGGCGCCGCUCCACAUGCAACAACGCUCCUUCCUGGGCUGCGAGCAGCUGACGGAGGCGGACAUGGACUCCGACUCGGAGCAUGAGCGCAGCCACAUGAUGGACGACGAGGAUGCCGCCAUCGAUGUGGAGGCGGACGAGGAGCAGGAGUCCGCCUCGCCAGUUCCAUCGACAACGUCCCCCAAGAGCAGCCUUUGCCUGGAAAGCAAGGACAGUGCUGGCCAGCACAAGGAGCUAGCUGCUCCGCCUGUGGACAAGUCCGGCAACCAGAAGGCCUACUGAGCCCAAUCCAGCCAAGUGGAUGCACGGAGAAGAAGUCCUGCCCACGUUGUAAGCUUCAGUUUUUCACAUAUGGAAAAUAUAAUGAAUACAACGCGAUUGGGGUUAUGUAAUAGAAACUGUGUUUGCAAACGCUGAAAAGUUUUGAAAAUUCCACAGAAUUCCAAUAUCUUACAUUCCAGGAUUGAGAAAUUUCCAUAUCAGAAAUCUCAUUUAGAUAGUGUUUCUCCACUCCGUGCCGGACCACAUCAAUUGGUUUCAAGUUAUUAUGAUAGUUUGUUCCUAAAAUAAUCCCCUGUAAAUACGAACAACUCAAGCUCCUUGUACAUUUGAAUGUCUCUUGCUCAAUAAGUUUAGGCUUUUAAAAAUAACCCCACACCAUGUGUACAUACAAUACAUACAUACAUAUAUAUAGAUAUAUAUAUAUAUGCCGAUCACAAGCGGAUUGUGUGGGGCGCUUGGCUCAUCGUGUCGUUUUUGUUUUUGCUUUUGAAUCUUUAAAUUGCUGGUCAAGUGUAGGCUAAGUUCGAUAUGCUAAGCCGAUUUGGUCCCUUUGGGCGAUUUGGGCAAUUAUUGUUAGUCUAGUGCUAUUCGUAAGCUGUGUGUCAAGCAAUUACCAAAUAAUUAGUUAAAUUAUUUAUAUUUUUAAUCGAAUGCUAACGUAAUCCAAACUUCAACUGAAACCAAACCAAACUCAUUAGCGUGCACACACAUUCACAUGAGAUGAAAUGAAAUGCGUAUAAAUAUACAAAUAACAAACUAUAUAUAAACAUAUU